AUGGUGAAAUGCACAGCGAGAGACAUUGGGGAGAUCAGGGAGGUUCCUCUCCCUCACCUCCCUGUCAACUUCCACACUCUUGCACAAAAUAUAUCCUUCAUUUUUAGCGCCUUCGCAAUCAUAAUCAGCUUUUUCCUGAUGUCACGCCAUGCCUCUCAUUACACGAAACCGGACGAACAGAAGCAAAUCAUUCGCAUCCUCUUAAUGGUGCCUAUAUAUGCGGCGGUAUCAAUGCUCUCCAUCCACUACUACACGAAGCACGUCUACUUCGAAGUCCUGCGCGACUGCUACGAGGCCUUUGCUAUUUCCAGCUUCUUCACGCUCCUUUGCAACUACAUCACCCCCGAUCUGCACGACCAAAAAGCAUACUUCCGCAACGUCACGCCGCAAAACUGGGUAUGGCCAAUUACUUGGUUCCAAAAGUGUACUGGCGGAGAAAAGAAAGGCUGGCUGCGAAAGCCGCAGAGUGGGCUGACCUGGUUCAACAUCAUCUACAUCUCCGUCUUCCAAUACUGUUUCAUCCGCGUCUUCUUCACCAUCGUCUCCGUCGUGACCGAGCACUACGACGUUCUCUGCGAGGACUCGCUGUCCCCCAAAUAUGCAUACCUCUGGGUCCUCAUCUUCGAUUCGGUCGCAGUCACGCUGGCCAUGUACUGCCUGAUCCAGUUUUACGCGCAGACCAAGACCGAGCUGGCCUCGCACCGCCCCUUCCUCAAGCUGCUCUCCAUCAAGCUCGUCAUCUUCUUCUGCUUCUGGCAGAAUGAGCUGCUCAGCAUCCUCAACUCGACCGGCGUCAUUGAGGAAUCCAAGUUCCUGGCCUACGGUGACAUCGAGGUCGCCCUUCCCAACAUGCUGAUCUGCAUCGAGAUGGCGUUUUUCGCAAUUAUGCACGUUUUUGCCUACCCGUGGAAGGAGUAUGGCGUGCGCAAGGAAGACGGGGUUGAGAUUGUGCAUAAGGUGGGCAUGAUCAGAGCUCUGGCGCAUGCGUUGAAUCCUUGGGAUGUGGUGAAGGCGUUUGCGCGCGGUUGUCGGUGGCUGUUUGUGGGCUCCAGGCAGAGGCAUACGGACCCUUCGUAUCAGCGGACGGAGGCCCAGGCAUCGGAUACGGAAGAGAUGCCGAUGCGUCCGAAAGAGGAAAGAGAGGCUGUUUAG